UGCCCCUCCCGCCCGCCUCCCUCCCCUCGCUGCCGCCGCCGCCGCCGCCGCCAGCAUCUGGGACCGGCCGAUUCUGCACCUCCGUCCGGCUCUGCCCUUUGAUUCGGAUUUCCAUCUUGCAUUCUCCGGCGGACCGCGGGACCUGGCUCGUGCAGAGGAGGGGGGCCGAUCGCUAUGGAGUAUUUCAUGGUGCCCACUCAGAAGGUGCCCUCUUUGCAGCAUUUCAGGAAAACAGAGAAAGAAGUGAUAGGAGGGCUCUGUAGCCUUGCCAACAUCCCACUGACCCCUGAGACCCAGCGGGACCAGGAGCGGCGGAUUCGGCGGGAGAUUGCCAACAGCAACGAGCGAAGGCGUAUGCAGAGCAUCAACGCAGGCUUCCAGUCCCUCAAGACCCUUAUUCCCCACACAGAUGGAGAGAAGCUCAGCAAGGCAGCCAUUCUCCAGCAGACAGCAGAGUACAUUUUCUCCCUGGAGCAGGAGAAGACCAGGCUCCUGCAGCAGAACACACAGCUCAAGCGCUUUAUCCAGGAACUGAGUGGCUCUUCUCCAAAGCGGCGGCGGGCAGAGGACAAGGAUGAAGGGAUUGGCUCGCCUGAUAUCUGGGAGGAUGAGAAGGCUGAGGACCUGCGGCGGGAGAUGAUUGAGCUUCGACAGCAGCUGGACAAGGAGCGCUCUGUGCGCAUGAUGCUGGAGGAGCAGGUGCGGUCCCUGGAGGCCCACAUGUACCCGGAAAAGCUCAAAGUGAUCGCCCAGCAGGUGCAGUUGCAGCAGCAGCAGGAGCAGGUGCGGUUACUGCACCAGGAGAAGCUGGAGCGGGAACAGCAGCACCUGCGGACCCAGCUCCUGCCCCCUCCAGCUCCCACCCACCACCCUACAGUGAUUGUGCCGGCGCCGCCACCACCACCUCCCUCCCACCACAUCAAUGUUGUCACCAUGGGUCCCUCCUCUGUCAUCAACUCUGUUUCUACAUCCCGGCAAAAUCUGGACACCAUUGUGCAGGCAAUCCAGCACAUCGAGGGCACCCAGGACAAGCAGGAGCUGGAGGAAGAGCAGCGGCGAGCGGUUAUCGUGAAGCCUGUGCGCAGCUGCCCAGAGGCACACACUUCAGACACUGCCUCGGACUCAGAGGCCUCAGACAGUGAUGCCAUGGACCAGAGCCGGGAAGAGCCAUUAGGGGAUGGGGAGCUUCCCUGACCACCCCCCAGCCCUCCUCUCCCUUCUGGGGGCUGGAGGGGGCCGGGGAAGUGACAGGGAGAAAUGUGGGUGAAUGAGUGAGAAAUUUUUACAAAAUUACUGUGUCAUUUGGGUCUCUUUUAUGACCUCUUUUUCAAUACUGUAACUCAAUCUUGGAACGAAGCCGCUCAAGCCAGGGUCCUGAGGCUGGGGUGGCACACAGCGUGUGGGAGCAUUGGGAUCCCAGGGUUGUGCCUCUGUCCUGGGCUCUGGGGGAGGCCGACAUUAGGAUGCCUGGCCGCCUCCACCAAGAAACAUUUUUCAUUUAAAUGUGUUUUUAAGAACAGGGAAAAUCAACCCCAAGGUAUUUACUCCUCCCCAGAGCUGAUCCUGCGCCUGUCAGUCUUUAAUCCCCCCUCCCCUCUCCGUUUGGUUUUCUUUUUCUUUAAGCACUUACAUGGGUUGGGGGUUAGGCUGGGUCGGGUCUUUCUGGGGACCGGGAUCUAUGCUUCUCGGUUGGGGUUCGCUGCUGCCCUUUUCCCCUCCCCCUUCCUCUCAACACCAGGACUCGCCAUUCUCCAUGCCUCUGUCCACCUAUUUCUCCAGGGUACCCCAAGUCCUAAAAAUGUCUUUGUUUCUUUCUCUUGUUUUGUUUGUUGUUGGUUUUAGUUUUGGUUUCUUUUCAUUUCUUUCUUUUUUUUUUUUUUUUUUUACAAUUUUGAGAUCUUUGUGUCCAAGGAGAAGCUAUUAUAUUUUGUUAAGAAAGUGGGGGGAAAAGAACCAAGAGGCCACUGUGCCUUUGUAAAGAAACAAAAUAAAGUUUGUACUUUGUUUUUUA